AUGAGAACCCAGCUUCCGCGCAUAAUCACACACAACGUUUCUCCUCAUAUGUGGAAAUUAAUCAGACCUGGGCUUUUAAGAGCAAAGCCAACUUUCGCUAGAAAGUUCACUUCUCCCGCUUCAUUUUCCCGAGUGACAGCAACAAUUGCUGCAACUUCAUUGUUCCUUGGUGGUUCUCUCAUACUCAAUGAUGCCUCUAACAGUUCAUUGGCUGGUGUGUCUGUGGAUUCUUCUAUUGAUGCUUUUCCCCUUGAGCUCAACAACAAAGAUAUAAUCAGUUCGAAGUAUGAAUUGGUUGCCUCUGGAGUACGCAGUGUUACAUUUGUUGGAUUCAAAGUGUAUGGUGCUGGAAUAUAUGUCCAGGCAGAUGAUCACAAGAAGCUCACCACUAUCUUAGAUGAGUAUUCGAAGUUGAACAAAGGCAGGACCGUCGAGCAAUUGCUCAAUGACAAAGAACUCUCUCAGGAAAUUAUCGAUGACAUCUCUCAAAAGAUCUCGUACGCCAUUAAGAUCACCCCAGUGAGAAAUACCGAUUAUGGUCAUUUGCGCGAUGGUUUGACCAAAUCGUUAUUGGCUUGUCCAUUAACGAAGACUAUGAGGGAAGAAGUUGGUAAUGGUGUGGAGCAAUUGCGGAAUAUUUUCCAAGGUUUUAAAGGAUCUGUACCUAAAAACGACACCUUGUGGCUCGUGGCAGAAAAGGAUACUGUGACCGUCUUACACGAGGGGACAAAGGCGAAAAAGGUAGAGAAAAUGGGGACCAUCACUGAACCCACUAUGAAAAGAGUAUUGUUAGUUCUGUACUUGAGCUGUGUCAAGCCUUUGAGUAAGCCCUUACAGGAAAACUUUGUUUCGCAUGUAUCGACAGAGCCUUGA